UUCAGCUUCAGCAGGAGGUUUGAGUUAAGGUUUUCGCUAGGCCGGGAUUGCGCGAUCAGUCGAUCGCGAACCUUUGGAUCAACCGGACACACCAGAGGAAACCUGCCGGAUUGGAUUAAGCUCUACAGGAGUGGUUGUCAGUUGGAGAAAGAUCAUCAUGGGGUGUCGCCACCACAUCCCCCUUCUGGUAGCGAUACUGGCCAUCGUCACACCAACACUUUCAUGGCGUGAGUACCGCAUCCGCCGCAGCAUAGACCUGUCCGCGACGAACCCGCUCAUCCCGGACACCAAACUACCAACGGACCUCGUACCCCUGAACUACAGCCUGCGGAUCGAGCUGAACGCCGCCCAGCUGGCGUUCCACGGCGCCGUCAACAUCACGAUGACCUGCGCCAAGCGAACCAACCAAAUCAACCUGCACGCCCACCACGAUCUGCAGGUGGACGAGGUCAACCUGGAGGUCGUGCAGCACAACGUGGGCGGCGUAGAGGGAGCUUCGGCGAUCGUGAAGAUCCGCCGCGUCGAUCGCGUCCCCAAGAAGCCACUGCUGGUGGUGUACUUCCACGAUGACUUUGCCGCGGGAGGGUUGUACGAGGCGCGGAUUCACUUCAAGGGUCAGAUUUGGGAGAAUACCGAGGGGUUGUUCCAGGGAAAGUACAAGAACUCGGAAGGGGAAUACAUGCAGGAGCACUCGUAUUUUGCCACGUACUUCCGGCCGCAUUUGGCGCGUCGGGUGUUCCCCUGCUUCGAUGAGCCCGCGUACAAGGUUCCGUUCCAGGUGACGAUCGUGCGACCCAAAGGAUACCACACGUUGUUUAAUACGCCCCUCGAGCGGACUGAAACGGUUGACGAUCACUUUGAGGCGGAUCACUUCAAGGUGACUCCGGCGAUGUCCACGUUUACGCUGGGAUUCGUCGUGUCCGAGCUGUCGGAGGUGGCGUACACCGCGACGGAAGGAGACUCCCAGGUCAAGCCUGUGCUUCGUAUUUGGGCUCGCAAGGACGUUCACGAUCAGCUGAAGGAUGUGAAACGUAGGGUGAAGGUUGUUUUGGAACACCUGAAUCGGUACUGGAACGAGGAGUACCCGCUGGAGAAGUUGGAUAUCGUUGCUUUGCCGAACUUUGCAUCCGUGAAGCCGGCUGAUAAUUGGGGACUGAUCAUGUUUAAGGAGAACGAACUGCAGCAAGGGUACUACGGGAUCACCCAAGAGUUGGUGUACCAAUGGCUCGGAUCGUGGAUCACGCCGCACUGGUGGAGCGAUGCCCACGUGAACAAGGCCGUAGCCGGGUUCUUGUCGGCUUCGACGGCGAUCGCGAUCGACAACGGGGUUGAGUUUGAAGGCAAGUGGCCCAUGACGAUCCUGUACUCGAUCUACUACGAGUUUAGCAAGCGGUACCCGCACUCGCGAAUCACCGGGAUGAAGCAGGAGACCACGUGCAGUAAGACCGAGUUGGUGCUACGCAUGUUGAACUACACCCUGGGCGCUGAAACGUUCCGUAAGGGACUGCAGAAGUUCAUCGAGCAUCGGGAGUACAAGACGUUCGUCAGCAAUGAUAUCUGGGAAGCCCUUACGAAGCAGGCCCACCUGGACAACAGGUUGUGCGAAACGGCAACGGUCAACGAGAUCGCCGAGUCGUGGAUCACCAAGGAUCGCAUCCCGAUGGUCAGCGUGGUCAGGUCGUACGAGAAGCGAACCGCGACGGUCACUCAGCGGUUGUACCUGCGUGAACGGCCUCACGACGUGCCCGAACAGGACAAGAUGCUGUGGUGGAUCCCGCUGGUUGUGGUGCGUCAAGACGGGCUGAACUUUACCAACACCAGCGCCACCAAGUGGAUGAAGAAGGUCCGGGAGGUCACGCUGGAGAACCUUCCCGAUGCGAACAACUUUAUCAUUGUGAACCCGGAAGAAAUCGGACCGUUCCCGGUGAACUACGAUCAACAGAACUGGAACCUGCUGGCCGACUACCUGCAGACGGAGCAGGGUCGCUCCAAGAUUCCCGUGUACACGAGGGCUAAGCUGCUGCACGACGCGUGGAACUUGGCCUACGCGGGAGAUUUGAGCUUCGCAACGGCGUUCAACAUGACCCUCUUUAUUCAGUACGAGCGGAACCAUUUGGUGUGGAACCCGGUGUUUACCCUUAUUGACCACAUCGGACGCCACAUCGACAUGUCGGCCGUGCACAAGAAGUUCGAGAUCUACGUGCGAACCCUGCUGACGCCGCUGUACGAAGAGUUGGUCGAGAACCAGCGUGACGACGAGGAACGCUGGAAGGGCAACCUGCGCUCGCUUGCCAAGUCGUUCCUGUGCAAGGCCGGCUACAAGCCGUGCAUCGAAGAGGCCCAGAAGAUCUUCCGCAAGUGGAUGGACAGCACGGAACCGGACAUGGGAAAUCCUGUUGCCAACCAGUACAUCUGCCCGGUGUUCAAGUGGGGCACCCAGGAAGAGUGGGAGUUUGGUCUGCAGCGGGUCAUCAACUUCCCGGAGUCCCGGGUCAAGAGCGAGCGGACGUACCUGCUGAAAACGCUCGCCGGCUGUCCGAUCCAGGCGGCCAAGAUCAACCGGCUGCUCAACCUGACCAUCCUGGAGGACAACGGCAACUUUACCGACAACGACAUCAGCCUGAUCUUCAAGAUGCUGUCCGGCGGUUCCAACGGCUACAUGGCCCUGUUCAAGUUCCUGCAGCAAAACUGGGAUGUGAUCAAGGCGCGUCUUAAGGACCGCGAAAGCCUCUGGGACAACCUGAUCAACUCGGCGACGGGCCUGUUCACGACCCAGGAGGGCUACGACCUGGUCUCGCAGCUGUACACCCAGCGGCAGGGCGACUUCGGAACGGCCGAGCACAUCGUCGAGAAGAGCCUGAAGAACAUCAAGGAGGAGACCAAGUGGAGCGACGAGAACCUGCCGGUCAUUGAGAAGUGGCUCGACAACUUCCUCAGCCGGAACAAGCUGAGCGAGGAGAAGUUUAUGGGUGAUCAGCUCCCGCACCGCAGCCACCUCCUUGUCACCCAGCUGGUAGAAAUCGUCCACGGUUCCGGUGGCCAGGCAAAGCUCCCCGGACCAGGCCCGUGCCCCCGUCAGCAUCACGCAAAUAUCUUCGUUCUCCAGCAAGGCGAAAUUCGGCGGACACUUACAGGCUUCCGAGAGCGUGUCAUUCUGGCCACAAACGUUGACCCAAUGAGUUUAGCUGCAGUGUUUAUCGUGCUGUUGUCGCCAUCGGCACUUGCCGGAGCUUUUAUCACUAAUGAUCAGUGCAAACAGAGUGACGAGUUCUUGUGGAACCGGAGUGUGUCGAUAUCGGUGGACUGUGGCUGUCCGCCGCACUUUGUGGCCCUCCGGUCGAACCGGACGACGGCGUCGGAGAUGUGUGUGAUGCUGACUAAGGGGCGGGUUUGGUCCGGGGGUUUGUGCGGGAGUUCUGGGAGUGGGGAAGAUUACUACGAGUUGGCCGUUGACGAACGGAUUGUGUUGAACGAGCUGCUGAGGAAGGCCAAUGUUACCGAGUUCUGGAUAUCGGUUCGGCGCGACGGGGCGUACGGACCUCCGCGGAAGAAACUGCCGGGGGUUGAUUGGGGCAGGCCGCUGAAUUUGGCCGAAGACUACGACGUGGAGUUGCAGCAGACGGCUGGAGAGUGCCUCCUGAUGGACAUUCGACUCAACUACUCCAAGGCGAGGUUCGACGAUUGCAAUCGGACCUACCCCCAACUCUGCAUCUACAAGGCCAAAGAACCACUGCUGCAACUCUACUGUGAAGACCCAGCCGAACUGACCACGCGGUACAGUCACUACCAGGACACGUGCUUCAAAAUCGAUUCCACCCAAACCGUCAACCCAAACACUUCCCUCUACGAAGUGGACAGUCAUCGCAAGUUCCAGCUCUACCACGCCCUGCACCGCCGCUCCAAACUCCACUGUGACCAUACGGUCAUCCGAUCGGCCUCGGUCUCCAAACUCCAAAAAGCCCUGGCUUCGGUCACACCCCGCAUCACCAAAACCUCCGUCGUCGCAAUCCUCAACGACGGAACCAUGGCCCUCGUCGACACCUUCAACUGCGUAGCCUACCAACGCCAAACCCAAAACUUCACCCAAACCCCCCAACUCAGCCUCAACUUUGACCGCGUCCACCGCCGACUCCUCCUCACCAUCACCAACGGCCGCUACCUCUUCCGCGAACGCCCCGACCGUGACCCCGGCGCAGUCUGCUUCACCGACGCCGACACCGACCUCCUAAAGAAGGUCAAAAUCCAACGCAAGCUCUGGCCACCUCCCGGCGCACGUAACUCCCCCGAAGAACCCCAGCAAAUCUACGAGCUCAAAAUGCAGGGCGACUUCCCCGGUCAGUACUGGUGCGAGGGACACGCCGUGCCCAACUUUACCCUCAUAAAAUCCGAGAAGAUUGUCGCCCAGAAAAAGGACGCGGACGUGCACAUUUACGCGGUACAAAUCCGGAUGAGAACGCUCGAGCGGGACGAUUUUCUGCAGAAGAGCUACCUCAAACAGUUGGUGCUCGGUUACGGGGACUACUUGGAUCAGUUUGAGGAUGUGAAGGCGGUGGUGGGACUGUUGAAGCGGAUGCAAGUGAUGCGGGUGGAGGAGGUCGAUGAGGGGAGGAAGAGGCUGACGGUGCUGCUGCACGUUGCCGUGAAGAAUAGUGAGCGGGAGCUGGAGGAUUCGAGUGACGAGGAGGAGGAGGAUUUGACGGGAGCGUUGCCCGACGACAUCCGCAAGCAUUACCGGCUCAAGUACGCCCUGACGGCGAUGUUCACGCGGACCAGCAGCUCGGAGUACCAAUUUUUGGGCAUCAACAGCACCGACGUCUGCCUGCCGGAACGGUUCGACACGGACGGGUUGACGUGGCCAGCGGCCCCCAUCGGCCACACCGUAACGCCCCAUCACCACCUGUGUCUGGUCGAGUCAACGGGCCUGCCGUUGCGUCGAAAGUGCAUUGGAGACCGGACUUACGGAGGGGUUUGGCAGCGUCUUGAAGGUGACCCGGAGAGGUGUUCACAGGCCGUCGGAGCGCAGACCUUGGCUUUGUUCCGGUAUCACUCGAACUUGGAAGGUCAUAUUGAGGAGGUGUUUGGAGAAAUUGAACGGGUUCUGGACGACUCCGCGGUGAAUCUCAUCCCUGCGGACGUGUUCUACCUGUCCGCGACCGUUGAGAACAUCCGGACGACCUUGCUCGGAAACGACUCGAGUGAGAUCGCGGCGGCUGGGAACAAGAGCAACUCGUACUACUGCGGAUUGGCCGGAAUCCUGAGCCGGGUCAUGGACGUGAACGCGUCAGUUGUGUUUCGAUCGCAGGCCGCCCUGAACACCACCAAUAUCCUGCUGGACUCGGCGGACGCCAUCAUCAAUCAGUUAUCUGUGGCCAACGGUUCAGCGGAGUUCCUGAACUCCGGAAGUAGCUUCAGCUGUCACGGUAGAAACAGUCUGGAGGCACCUCGUAACGGGACGCUGCUGUUCAGGACGGGCAAGCUGAUCCUGUUGGUUGCGGAUCCUCAGAUCGACGACAUCUCCGGGAUCGCUCUGCUCAGGAAGAAUGACACCGAGGACGGUGACUUUGAUUCCUACGACACGAGAUUACUAACCGUCGAUGAGUCCGAACAAGACCUCCUAACCUUACCGAACCUCGAAAUAGCCGCCUUCGUGCCGCGAUCGCUGCUCGAAAAGAUCGAGCAGCUCCAGUCGGGAAUGAACGAGAAUCUCAACGCAACCACCAACGCCACCGAACCCCUCCGAGUCGUAAUCUCAAUCUACUUCAACGAUCACAUCUUCCGCGAGACCACCAACGGAACGAUCUCCCGCGCCAACAGCAAGAUCAUCAGCGUAACGAUCCCCGGCUACGGGUCGGACUUGCCCGGUGAGCUGCCGAUCUUCCUGCGCGAAGCGGACGCCAAUCAGAGCAGCGUGUGCGGCUUUUGGGACUUUGAACCCAACGGGGACGGGGUUGAAGGGUCCAAGUGGUCAUUCAGGGGGUGCACGCUGGCGGAGCAGGUCGACGAUGUUGCGCUGUGCAGGUGUUCCCACCUGACGUCGUUUUCGAGACUCUGCUCGGACGUGCAGAUCGUGGAGAACGUCUCCGUGUACCAGGUCUUUGUGGGUCAACAGAACAACAUGGUUCUGACGGUGAUUUCCGCGAUCGGAUGCGCGCUUUCCCUACUCGGAGUGGCCAUGAUCUUCGUAACCGCGAUCUUAUUCCCCUCCUGGAGAACCACAGCCAACGCGAACAUCCUACUCCAGCUUUCAUUCGCGAUCGCGUUCGAAAUGAUCAUCUUCACCUUUGACGGACCAGACAUCGACUACUCCCGACCAGACACCAAGAUCGGCUGUACCCUACUAGGAGCAUCCUUCCACUACAUCAUCCUGGUCACGUUCAUGUGGAUGCUGGUGAUCGCGUACCUUCAGUUCAUGCGAUUCGUCAAGGUCCUCGGCCGCUUAAGACCUUCGCACUGCAUUCUCAAAGCAACGAUCAUCAGCUGGGGAUUCCCACUAAUCCCCGUCCUGAUCUUCGCCUCCUACGACAACACCCUGUACCACAAACGCGACAACAUCUCCGAUAUUUGCUACCCCCACGGUAUCGCCCUAACAUAUGGUCUCCUACUCCCAAUCGGUCUCGUCCUCAUCGCCAACGUAGCCAGCUUCCUCCUAAUCGUUUACAACGUGUUCCGCAUCCCGGACAACCUAACCCGCUCCCUCGACAAAAGCAUGACCCUGUCCCAACUCCGACUCUCGAUGUUCCUCUUCUUCCUGCUCGGACUGCCCUGGAUCUUUGGCAUGAUGGUGGCCGUCGGCGCCGGCAGCAUCUUCUCCUACCUGUUCUGCCUGACCGCCCCGCUACAGGGCUUCAUCAUGUUUGUGUACUUUAUCCUGAUGGAACCCACCACCAGAAGACUUUGGCUCAACAAGCUCGCCGAAAUGUUAGUGUGUGACAAUGUGAUUAUCUCAAACAACGUGCAAAUAAGAAGAAUCAGCCAAGCCAAGAUGGGUUCGGUUGACCGGGAGGCGGAACGAAAGAUGGUGUUCCGAUACGGCGGGACUCCGGCCGAGUUUAGAAACAAUGGCAACAGCCGGGCAAACUUUGUGUUUACGCACUCGCCCGAGGAUAACAACAUUGAGUACUCGCGAAAGGGAGGCUGCUUCGUGUCGAUCUGCCGAGGGAUAAGCAUUGCGGUGUUGAUCUUUGUGUUCAUCUUUUUCAUGUCGUUUACGAUUUUCUUCAGCACCAAGUAUGCGUAUGAGCACAAACCCAACAUCACCCUCGAGGACUUCCUAAACCAUCGCGCGUACCUGAUCGACAAACGAUCGCGCAUCCCGAAGCACGUCAUCCCCAAGCACUACCGCCUGUUCCUGCAGCCGACCUUCAACGAGACGGCCACUCCGUUCACGUACAGCGGCGUCGUGUGGAUCACCGUCACGUCCAAGAAGCACAACAGCAAACGGAUCGAGCUGAACGUGAAGAACCUGAACAUCCGGAUGGAGGACGUCACGGUGCUCAAGAGCAUCCGGCUGACCAACGCGGACUUUGACGAGGAUCUGGACUGGGACUUGAGCGAGGAGGACAUUAUGACGUGGGGGCUGCACAGGAGGAAGCGUCGCCAGGUGGUUGGGAAUGAGACGGAGGUUGAAGCGGUUGUGGAGGAAGAAGGAGGAGGGCUGGCGUCGACGACGGUGGACAGCAAUAGUGGGGGGGAGGUGCUGGAUGAUGAUUAUGAGGAGAAUGCGACGGUCAUUGAUAAGAGUGUGUUCUAUCACCAUCCGGUGUUUCCGCCGGACGACUUUGUAACGAUCAAGAUUCUGGAUUUGGAGUUUGAUGAGUCGAACGAGAAGAUGAUCAUUUAUUUGGGGACGGAAAUGAAGAAGGACAUCUACUACAUCGUGAAGGUCAACUUUACUGGGAACAUGACCAAUGAUAAGGGGUUGUACUGGACGCACUACGAGGAUGGAGAAGGUAGUCACAAGUUCAUAGCGGCAACCGUACUGGAGCCGAAUAACGCACGGAAGCUGUAUCCGUGCAUGGACGAUCACAACUUCCGAUCGCCAUUCGAGAUUAACAUCGCUAGAAAGGUGAACAUGAACACAGCUUCCAGUAUGAAAUUCGAGAUGUCUGAACCGAUGGAAAAUGAAGCCGUCGUAGUGGAUACGUACAACACCACGGGCAUGGUCCGGGCGUCUGAAAUCGGGUUCAUCAUCACCGAUAUGACUCCGGAACGGUACGAGCUUACAGAGAAGGUCCAUCUGAUUGCGUACACGAGGAAUCGCUACGACAACUAUUUGAAGGAGAUCGUGUCGGUCUUCGCUGCCGUUAUGAACGUGUACGAGGACUACAUGCGGAUGAACUUCCCGUACGACAGUAUAAAAUACGUUACGAUCCCAAAUACGGAGAGUUCGGUGCGGGAGAUCAAGGAGGGCAUGAUACUGUCGAGCGAAAAGCGACUGAUCAAGGACGAAACGUACUUCCCAACGCCAGACGGAACGCUGCUGAGGAUCAUCUCCAACGAGCUCGCCAAACUGUGGAUCCACAACUUGGCGGACUACAAGAACAAAGAGAUGCACUGGCUGCACGAGUCAAUACCGCUGUACAUGGAGUCGAUCGCGCUGAGGAAGUUGAACAACAAUUCGUUCGAUAUGGACGACUUCCUGCUCGAGGGCAAGUUACGCGCGAUGCAGGAAGAGACCAACGUGAAGACUUCCCCUCUGAACGUCCUCACGAACCCUUGGGAGGAGGACGCCCACUUUGAGCUGGUCCGGUUCAAGGGGUUGAGUCUGCUUCGCAUGAUGAACUACACGCUGGGCGAGGAAACGUUCGACGCGUUUAUUCGGGAGUAUUUUUCACGCCGGAUGAACAACGACUCGAUCGACAUCAUUGAAAUCCUGAACAACAACAACCGCCACACGGACGCCACGUUCAACAGCUUUCUGCACAGUUGGACCAACUUUGAGAAGUAUCCGAUCAUCGAGAUUGGACGGAACAACUACAGCGGCCAUUUUGAGCUGCGUCAGCGAAUGAUUCCGUUUGAAGAGGAAAUCAGCGAGCAAAUCUGGACCAUCCCGGUGACGUUCAUCAACGACACCAACAAGCAGCUGUUUAUGGAGAAGGUGCGUUGGUUGGUGGACUCGAACAACCUGCUGACGAUCGAGACUAGUUGCGAAAUGAUCACGAACAAUACGUGGGUCAUCGUUAACCCGAGCGGCAUUGGCUACUACAGAGUGAACUACGAGGUCGCCCAUUGGACGCGACUGGCGCACGUUUUGAACAGCAACUUCCGAACUCUGCCGUACAGUACGCUGACGACCAUCGUCGACGACGCGCUGAAUCUGGCCCGCCUCGGCCUGCUCGACUACUCGAUCGCGUUCAACGUGAUCUCGUUCCUGCGCAAGAACGACGAACUGUACCAACCGUGGAAGAGUGCCCUGGACAACCUGAAGUUUAUCUACGAAGCCCUGGAGGACCAUCCCAGCUAUGUUCACGUUGAGCACUUUCUCGAAUUCCUCAUAACGAAAAAGUACGAAAACAACUUCACCGAGACGGCUGACUCGCGGAACCCGCUGAUCUCGUCCCUGCUGGUCGAGUGGGCCUGCCGUCUGGGCGUGGCCGCCUGCAUCGAGGAUCAGAAGCGCAUGUUCCGCGAGAUUUUCGUCGAAGGAACGUCGUCGCCGUUCCAGUUCUCCGAGGACGACCUGUUCCAGGCGACGUGCGUCGUGGUCAAGUACAGCGGAGUCAACGAGUGGAAGUUGGUUCGCGAGCGGUUCCUCAACUCGGACGAUAUCAACUUGCAGAAAAUUCUGGUGAAGGCACUCGGUUGUACCCGCGAGAUUAGCUUGAUCAAGAAGACGAUCGCACUGCUGAAAGACCCCUUGUUUAGUCUGUACAACUGUCAGAUAUUGUCCUCGAUCAGCCACAACAAGAUCGCGCUCAAGUAUACGCUGGACUAUCUGUUCAACGAGUGGAUCGACGUGCGAUCGUAUCUUUCACUGCAAGACGUGUCCAUCCUGUUGAGGAAGAUUUCCACCGAGAACGAGUUCGCCAUGUACGAGCAGAUCUUUUUCCGCUACUCGCGUACGUUCCAGACCAUGGACAAGGAGAUUCUGAAGCGCAUGCGGGACACGAUCAUGAAGCUGCUCAGAUGGAAGCGGGAAAUCGGGCCCAAGAUCAACUACCAGCAGUUUAUCUUUGAUGUUUGAUAUUGUGUGAUGCACUCUAGUAAUUUUUAGUUUAGAACAAUUUGUAGAAUCAAUAAAUGUUACCAUUUUACCACA